AUGGGAUCAGCAGCCAGUUCCAUGAAUUGAAAAGCUAACUAUUCAGGAGAUCUUUAUGAGCUUAACCAGCAGGAGAGUAAAGAACAGCAAGCACCUAAAACUCUUCAUGAUUUAAAGACAGAAUUCAAGGAGUUAAAAUGGGCAAUCUUCGAAGAGAAGCAAAAGAUCAAGGAUGAAGCAGCCUAUGUAGAACAUGGAUCCAGAGCAAGGUUAAACAAUCUCCAUGAUAACUUGGAGUCGAUUCAAAUUCAACUUGAAAGCUUUUGCCAUGAGAAAAUGAAGUUAGCAGAUAUAAUCAGAAAACGACACCACUAUGAAUUGAAAAGCGAAAUUGAUGAGGAAAUGAAAUACCUGAAACAAUUCUUAGAAGAGACUAAGUCAGUUCCCUGCCCGUUCAACACUGAAGGUAUGAAUAUAAAAGCAAGACGUAUGAAGCUCUCCUCUAUCAUUUUUAAGGAAACCAUGCUCUUAACUGAAUCAAAGUGGAUCUAUAUGAACGUAUGCUUCAGGAUUAUCGUUAAAGGGAUACCUGAAAGAAGAGUGACUGAUCAUCAAUAUAUUGCCUUAUCGCUCUAGAUCUUAGCAAUUACACCUCCACAAAGCUGAUAUGCAAACUAAAGACCUUUUUAUUUUACGAGCUAUCUUCAAUAGAAAUACUUGGCAUCAACAAGAAAUAAUCUGAGCAUGGUUAGGAGUUUCCUGCAGGAUUGAAAUCUGCAGAGUACUCAGAGACUGACCUUAAUAAGUGAAUCGGCUGGUCCAUUAAGCAUUAAUAAUUAUCUAAGUGGUAUUCUAUCUGUUGUGCAUAAGAUCCAAUUAAAUGAGGUUAAAAAUAGUGAUGAGUCAAGAGAAUUACACCUCGUUAAUUUCAAAAUAUCUCAUAAGUCGAUGAUGAAGCUUUUAUCCUGAUGUAGGACCAAUUAUGCUCUCAGCUUCACUAGAUGUAAGAUUUUUAUCAGAAAUAUUCCUGAUUUCGGUCAUUCCUUAGAUGGGAGUAAACUCCAAGAACUAGCUUUUCACUCAAGCUCCAUUCUGGACCAGUCUGGCUCUAAUGCCUUAGACAAUUUGCUAAUUGGAUUGGCAAAUUCAGAUGACUUUAGGCGUAAUCUCAUAUCUCUCGAAGGAUUCUGUCCCUUAUCGCAUGAAUAUCUUGUAGGGAUGUUCUGUAAGUAUGGAUUCGGAUGUUAAAUUUGUGAGUCCUUAAUUAAUGAUCCUAUCAAUAUUAAAAUUU